AUGGAGGAGGAUGAGGUGGUGGAGAUAGUAUGUGGGUGUGUGGUUGAGGCGAGUGUGGGGAGUGGGAAAGAGGUGGUGUGCGAGGGGGGGCGAGGAGAGGAGGAGGCUGGUGCAAGCCAUGGGCGUGGGAGGGAAGAGCGGGUGGAACAUGGUGGAGAGGACUUGGGAAUGAUUCAGGAGGAGGUAGACGGGGGCUUUGAGAGGACGUGCGAAGGGGAGUCUAAGGGAGAGUGUGAGGGAGAGAGUGAGGGAGAGUGUGAAGGGGAGUGUGAGGGGGAGUGUGAUGGGGCCGAGGACGGAGGCAUGGCGCAUGUGUUAGCAGGGGUGGAGGCGGAGUUAAAGCAGGUGCAGGCGCAGGUGCGAUGGGUUUCAGGCAGGCGGAGCGAGGUGCAGCAGUGCGUGCACGCAGUGUGGGCGCGCCUGGUGCUGCUGCUGCAAAGGCAGGCGGACAUGGGAAGAGGGGGAGGUAUCAACGAGGAGGAGAGGGCACGGGAGGAGGAGAAAGACGGGUUGCAUGAGGAGGACAGGAUGGCGCAAGUAGAGGUACUGGAGAGAUUGCUGAGAGAGGAGGAGGAGGGGGUGAGGGAAGUGAGGGAGAGAGUGAGGGUGGUGGAGGCGCAGUUGGAAGAGGAGAGGGAGAAAGUGAGUGAGAGAGAGGGAAGGAUGGAGGUGUUGGAGAGUGAAGUGCGGCAGGCAGAGAAGAACGAGAGGGAGGUGAGGGAGGAGGUGGAACGGAAGGGGGGGAGAGUGAGGGAGUUGGAGGAGGGUGUGAGGGAGAAGGAGGAAAAGGUGAAGGAGCUUGAGAGGAGGUUGGAAACGGCGGGCGUUUCAAUGAGGGAAGCAGAAGAGCGGCUGCUAGUGGAAAAGGACAAGGUUGGGAGGCUGGAGGAGAGAGUGAGGGAGCUAGAGGAGGUGGCGAGAGCGAGAGAGGUGGAGGAGACGAAGGAGGUGGUAGCAGAAGAGGUGAGGGAGACGUCGAAACAGGUGGUGCUGAUAGAGGUAGGAGCAGAGGUAGAAGAGCGGAGGAAGCAGGUUAGAGAACUGGAGGGGUUGGUGAAGGAGAGAGAGGGGUGUGUGAGGUGUGUGGGGGAAGAGAGUGUGCGGAACGGUGUGUUGGAGGGGGAGGUGAGUGAGUCGCGGAAGCAGCAGGUGGAGGUGAUGGGAGGGGAGGUGGAAAGAGGGAAGGGUGUGGUGAGGGAGAUUGAGGAGGAGGUGCGGAGGCUGAGAGGGGAAGUGAGGGCGAGCGAGGAGGAGGCUGGGAGGUGGAAGGCGGAAGCGGAGGAGAGAGAGAGGAGAGUUGGGAUGCUUCAGGGUGAUGUGGUGCUGCUGCAGGGUGAGUUGACAGCGUGCCGUGCUGAGCUGGCGAGGGUUUGUGCUGAGGUGGCGCAGAAGCAUGCUGACGUGGUGCAGAAGCACUCUGAGCUGGCCGCAGCGAGAGAAACCAAUUCGGAACUAGAGGAAAAACUGCAGGAGCAAGUGGGGAGAGUGACAGAGCAGGAUGCGAGGGCGAGAGAGCAGGAGGAGAGGGCAGAGGCUUUAGAGGAUCAGGAGGAAGUGCGGGCGCGAGAGGAGAGUUUAGGGGAGAUGGUGAGAGAGGUGGGUGUGCUGGGGAGGCGAUUUGAGGAGGCAAAGGGAGAGGCGGUGGAACAGGGGGAGCGAGUGAGGGAGCUGGAGGGGAUGGUGAGGGAGAUGGAGAGGGCGAGAGAGGAAGGACGGAUGGGCGGGGUGGAAGUGGGUGGGGGUAGGGGGACAGGGAAGGGAGGAGAGAUGGAAGGGGAGGAGGAGAUGGGAGGGAAAAAUCGGGGAGGGGAGUGGAGGGAAGGGAUGAGCGGGGUGAAGGUAGUGAGUGUUGGUUGUGUGGAUGAGGUAGAGGAGGGUGUGGGUGGUGUGGGUGCAGGUGUGAGAGUGGCGGGAGAGACAAAAGCAGAGGUAGAGGGUGUGAGAGCGGAGGAAAAUGAUGGGGCAUUCGUGGUUGGUGGUACAGGAGAGAGUGGUGGCAUAGCUGUUGUGGGAGAGGAAAUGAGAGGAGUGUGA